AAACUGUCUCUCUCAGUGGGACAAGCAUAAGCAGCAAAACUGCUAUCUCCACUCACAAACCUUUAAAAAAUGCCUGCAGACUACAAUGGACGUUGGGAGAUGGUGAGCAAUGAGAACUUUGAGGAGACCAUGAAAGCCAUGGACAUUGACUUUGCUACCAGAAAGAUAGCUGCCCACCUGCAUCAGACAAAGGUGAUCGUCCAGAAUGGAGACAAGUUUGAAACAAAGACCCUGAGCAGCUUCAGAAACUAUGAGGUCAAUUUCACCGUGGGAGAGGAGUUUGAAGAGUUCACAAAAGGCCUGGACAACCGAAAACUCAAGACACUGGUUACCUGGGAUGGGGACAAGCUGGUGUGUGUUCAGAAGGGGGAGAAAGCUAAUCGUGGCUGGAAACACUGGAUCGAGGGAGACCUGCUACACCUGGAAAUUACUGUUCUGGACAAGGUCUGUCACCAAGUAUUUAAGAAGGCCUAAAAAGUCAAACCGUAUCUGCAAUAAUCUCUGUCACGUCCUGCAUGUUUCUGCCUAUUUAUGAAGACCUGUAAUAAAUUGACUUAAUUCCA